CAAAAGUUCUCAGAGUGUGACAAUUCAUACUUCCAUCAAUGGAUACACUUUCCAGUCUUUCAAAUGCUUUAGGAAUGCUCCUCAUCACUUUUCUUAUGGUUGAAACCUUCAUGGUUGCUUCAGCUGGCAACUUUAACAAGGAUGUUGAUAUAACAUGGGGAGAUAGUCGUGGAAAAAUUCUCAACAAUGGCCAGCUUCUUACUCUUUCCCUUGAUAAAGCUUCUGGUUCAGGCUUCCAGUCCAGGAAUGAAUAUUUGUAUGGGAAGUUCGAUAUGCAACUGAAACUUGUGCCUGGCAACUCUGCAGGGACUGUCACUGCCUACUACUUAAAAUCUCAAGGUUCGUCUUGGGAUGAGAUAGAUUUUGAAUUCUUGGGGAACCUAAGUGGUGAUCCUUAUGUCGUUCACACUAAUGUUUAUACGAAAGGGAAAGGUGGGAGAGAGCAACAAUUCUACCUCUGGUUCGACCCAACUGCCGAUUUUCACACUUACUCGAUUCUCUGGAAUCCUGGACACGUUAUUUUCUAUGUAGAUGGUAGACCAAUUAGAGAGUUCAAAAACCUGGAAUCAGUUGGUAUUCCAUACCCAAAAAACCAACCCAUGAGAAUGUAUUGUAGCCUCUGGAAUGCUGAUGACUGGGCCACUAGAGGAGGUCUAGUCAAGACUGAUUGGAGCCAGGCACCUUUCACAGCUUCUUUCAGGAACUUCACUGCGAAUGCUUGUGUCUUGUCUAAUGGAGUCUCUUCCUGCAGUUCAAAUGCAUCUUCUAACAAUGCCUGGUUUUCACAAGAACUAGAUUCUUCUAGUCAGAAAGUGCUAAAAUGGGUGCAAAAGAACUACAUGGUUUACAAUUAUUGCAAAGACGCAAAACGAUUCCCUGAGGGCCUACCUGUUGAAUGCACUGUCAGAAACAGAAAACAGAUUAAGAUCUAAGUACUUUCGAGAAGGCAAUUUCGUAGUAUAAUUCUUUAACGAAUGGCAAAGUCGAUAAGAUGGUUGUUUCGGAUAAUUAUUUGUAUGAUCAUUUUACAUAAAUAAAAUUUAAAAGUAAUGCAGCUUUCA